CUGAAAGGACACAUAUAGUAGGCUAUCGGAGCAGUAACUGUAGUCAAUGCAUACAAUAGCGUUUCUACUCGACGAACUGAAGACAAUUGGUGUAUAGAUAGAGUUUACUAUCGUUGAAUACAUACUCCACUGACCAUGGAGGGAUAGUAGUGGCGAUUUUUUUCAAGUACGGAGUAAGUGGUCACUUACAUACCUACGUGGGUGUCACAUCUGAACCGUGGUGGCUCUUACCUGGACCGUCUGACGCCUGUUGCACACACUUGUAAACAAAACGGUGAGCAGGGACGAGAAGAGACACGGUGCAUCUCAUCAAUAGAUGACAUCACAAUCAUGUUACCCCGUUUUAGUGAUUAAUAACAUAUGAUCUGUUCCUGGACUUUUCUUGAAUGAAAGGAAAAGAUAUUCUGGAUAUUUUUGUGGCUCCAAUAUUUUUUGGACAUCUAUACUUGUCAUUAACAUAACAUCUUUUUGAUAUUAAAACACUGACUAUGCUUCUAGAAGGCGGAUCAGCAGAUAUGUUAGCUGCGCAAUCUAAGAUCUUGUUCCAAUUGAACAAGUACUAUAAUGAGCGGGUGCAGUCGCGACAGGGUGCCACCAUGAAGACCAUUCGUGAGGUGUGCAAGGUGGUGCAGGAUGUACUCAAAGAAGUAGAAGUCCAGGAGCCUCGAUUUAUCAGCUCUUUGAACGAAUCCAAUGGACGAUAUGAAGGUUUGGAUGUUGUUUCCCCUACCGAAUUUGAGGUAGUGCUUUAUUUAAACCAAAUGGGUGUGUUUAAUUUUGUUGACGAUGGUACGAUACCUGGUUGUGCUGUUUUGAAACUCAGCGAUGGUCGGAAACGGUCAAUGUCGUUGUGGGUGGAAUUUAUCACAGCGUCAGGGUAUCUCUCCGCCAGAAAAAUAAGGUCUAGGUUCCAAACUCUAGUCGCACAAGCAGUGGACAAAUGUAGUUACAGAGACAUUGUGAAAAUGGUCGCAGACACGACCGAGGUUAAGCUUCGGAUUAAGGAAAGGUUUGUGGUGCAAGUGACCCCAGCUUUUAGAUGUGGUGGUAUUUGGUGUCGUAGUGCUGCACACUGGCCUGUACCCCAUAUACCCUGGCCAAACCCGAACCUCGUAGCCGAGGUCAAGACAGAGGGAUUCGAUCUACUAUCCCGUGAAAGCAUCUACAUGAAGGACAAACAGAGCGCAGCCGAAGGGGAUGCAUGGGCCAUGUCGUUCAAGUAUGCCGAGGACAGACUUCUGUAUGGGGGGUGCAGGCGGAAGUGUCUAAGUAUCAUGAAAACCUUCCGCGACAGACACCUCGACAUUCCGGGACAGCCCAUCACCUCCUAUAUCAUGAAGACCCUACUUCUGUACGAAUGUGAAAAACACCCGCGAGAAAUCGAAUGGGAUGACACGUGCUUAGGGGACAGACUGAACGGCAUAUUACUUCAGCUUAUUUCAUGUUUACAGAACAGGAGAUGUCCACAUUAUUUUCUACCAAACGUUGACUUAUUUAAGGGCAAAACCACAUCCGGAAUGGACAAUGCUGCAAAACAAGCGUGGCGAAUUCUCCGGGAACUUUUAACGAAUCCAAAAAGUUUAGAAAAGCUUUAAAUGUAUUUUGUCUGUGAUGUUGUGUAUUCGUGGAACGCUGAAUGAUGUGUUGUUAAAUCAGAGGUCCAGUAUCAACAGAAAUUUAUCGUAGAUUGAGAUGUAUGGACGAAUUCCCUAUCUAUCAACCAGACAAGGAACAUUGGGAUAUUGCUGGUAGGCAUAAUGAUAAAAACAAAAGUAAAAUAUAUUAUAAGGGGGAAAUCUUCAUUGUUAAUAAGUCUUUUCUGAUUUAUAAAAGAUUUCAAUGCUUUAGCGUGAAUUUUAUUUUGAAUUUGAUUGUAUAAUUUACCAAAUCAUAUUAGUUAGUCAUGCGAGUUAUCAUAGACAAUUUUUUGUGUGAUUCAACGUAACGUGGUAUGAGUUAGUGAGGGUAAACGGUAAACGAUAUAGGGAAACAAUUUUAAAAAAACUCGGGAAUGGGGGAGCGGACAACAGCUGACACUUGUCUCCAGUACACGGUGAGAUAGGACUAGAAGCUGCUUUACUGUUGACGAUAGAGGUCAUUGCCGGCUGAAACGCAUUAACCUGAUAUACAAGGCUUUUUGGUGCAGUUGUGUGAUGUAAUAAUACCCAAAUGUAUGGAUUUAUGCAGUGGAUUGAGAUGUGUUUGGAACAUAUUGCUAAUCUCGGUGAGUGCCAAUGUAAUGAGUUCUGAAAGAAAAAAUAGAGAAAAUCAGAGAAAACUAAAGAAAAUUAAAACAAGAAAUACCUCUGUUGCCGGAACAUAUAUCAAAUUUAAAUGACAACCUGUCGUGUUUAUUCGGUACAGAGUGAUAAUAAACAAUGCGGUAAGGAUACAUGAGCAUUUUGAUACCAAAGAUAAGCGAGUUUCCUGUAGUAGAGAACUGGAUUAAUCUAUGAAUGUGUUGUAAAUGUUUGCUUAUGGUUUUACUAUAGGUAUGUGAAACAGUGAGUGGUUGUUUUGAUAUACAUUAUCUAAAUUAAGCGCUAUAUUGCGUAAUUUGUUAACUGUUAAGAAACAUUGUUGUUGUCUUUUAUGUAUUUUUUUCAAUAAGGAUUGUACAUGGAUACACAUUUUUUUUUAAAAUUCUAAGUUAUUAUAGUGUUUAUAAACACUUGCUUCUUAAAAAAUUCCAUUUCAUGUCAAAAAAGAAAUAUGUACAAAA